UGGGACCGCGAGGGCAGCUCCGCGCCGAGGUGGGACCAGCUGUUUGAGAACGGAGGUGGGGCCCGUCGGGGGCCGGCGCGUGGAGGGUGGGCGGAUCCGGCCACUGCGGGGGUGGAUGGGAGCUGCGCCAGGAGACGGGCGCGCGUGGAGAGGGCGUGGGAGUUGGCAUUCGGUGGUCCUGGCAGUUAGCUGAGCGCGCCCUCUGAGCCGCUCGGUUGACACCAGGCUCUCUAGUAGGCCUGGCCUACCCAGAAACAGCAGGAGAGAGAAGAAACAGGCCAGCUGUGAGAAGUCAAGGACACCGAGUCAGUCAUGGCACCUAAGGCGGCAAAAGGGGCCAAGACAGAGCCAGCUCCACCUCCAGCCGGGGCCAAACCCCAGGAGGACAAGAAGGACGAUAAGGAGCCAUUGGAAAAACCUCAAAAGUUGGUGCAGCCCAAGCACGAAGUGGGCACGAGGAAGGGGUGUCGCCGCUACCGGUGGGAAUUAAAAGACAGCAAUAAAGAGUUCUGGCUCUUGGGGCACGCUGAGAUCAAGAUUCUGAGUUUGGGCUGCCUAAUAGCGGCAAUGAUACUGUUGUCCUCACUCAGCGUGCACCCCAUCUUGACGCUUAUCAUCACCAUGGAGAUAUCCAUCUUCAGUUUCUUCAUCCUACUGUACAGCUUUGCCGUUCAUAGAUACAUACCCUUCAUCCUGUGGCCCAUUUCUGUAAGUAAGGGGCGAUGGGGAGUGCCUGAAUCCAGAACGCUGAUUAUGUGUGUGUUUUGGCACCUGGAAAGUCACAGAACGGAGAGACACACCUCACCUCCCAUAUCUGUGCCUGGGUCAGGGGCUCACAACAUCAGUGGGGCCCAGGCAGAGGCAGCUGGGUGCAAGAGGGGUAGCUAGGCAGAAAAUGCUCCAAAAAAGCCUGUGUGUGUGUUGGAGUGAGAGUGGGGAACUCUUACCUACCCGGUGGUCAAAGAGAGCCUGAGCCUUUGGUCUCUUUAGGGGAAGGGGAGGUGUAGCAAUCAGUUGUUCCUCCGAACUCCUGUGCCAGCUCACACUUGACAGGAAAUCACCCCAGAAGGACCCCAUUCCCAAAAUUCAAAGAAGAAAAUUACUCUCCCGUAAGUCAAUAAAAUAAGACAAAAAUGGGAAUUUUUUUUUUUUUUUUAAAUCACUUCUAAAGCAGCGUUAGGUCUCCAGUGAAUAUCCCUAUAAAGAAUGCUUGGAUCAGGAUGUUCAACCCAAAGCAGUCAUCUAGUGGAAUGAGACAGAACUGAGCAAAGUACUCAUUCCUAGCCUGUUUCCUCAUCUGUAACAUGGGGACAGUCAUAUUCCUUGCAGAAUUGACAUUCAAUCCUGAGGAUUAAAUGUAAAUUGCUUGACACCGUGCCUGAGGACUCAUGGAGUUGAAUCCCUCACCUGUGUAAUCACAGGGCACACCCACCUAACCCCUUGCCAGUCAAUGAAGACCCCAAUUCCCAAGUCCCUUUGUUCAUUGCACACUCACAGCCUGCCUCCAGAGCCCUCUUGUUCACUGUUUCACUCACGUUACACUUGAGGAAAUUGGCUUCGAAUGGCCAAGUAACUUGCCCCCAGCUCACUCAGCUGGUAAGUAGCAGAAAAAAGCUUCGAACUUAGCUUUAUGAGUACAUUUCAUCCUGCCUUCUUGUUAAAAGCUAUUAGGGUCCAGGGAUCCAGAGGUCUUGGUGAGGUAGAUGAGGACCUCCAAUACAAGGAGAAAGGACAGGAGGGCCAAAUAAGGACUCUCAGAAAAGGGACAAGCAGAGGACAAGGUAAAAGGACAGGCAGAGGACAAGUUCCUAAACAAGGAGCUUGAGAAGACAUUUUUAGUUCCAGCAAGAUGAAAAACCAAUGAACCCUGAAAAUCUUCCUGCUGUGCUUAUCUAAAAAUACCAGGGGAAAUGUAACCAGUAUUGCUUUAACUGAAUGAAUGGUGAACAAAAAAGAAAUGAAAACACAGAGGCGCCAGAAAUGGAAAACGGGGCAGUGAUCACAUAAGCUGCAAAGUAUGAGUGGGAAUGGUCCACGAGGUAGUGUCUCAGGAACCUACAACAUGAAUUUUCAUGCACUCUCAAGUCAGGAAAUAAGGCCUUGAUCCUAAGCAAAGUGGGAAUUUAGAACUGAAAACCCUGUAUAAAGCCAGCACCCUGGAAAGACUACCCCCUGAGGGAAAACAUGGACAAAGACACAUACCCUUCUUAUUCCCAACACAGAGGAAUAAGAAAACAUGUUCAUCUCUGCCUGAGUGUUGAGUGGGCAGAGAGGAAGUCUUCCUUGAGAAAUAGAAACCUUAAGCCUGCCCUUUGUACAGAUUGGAGUUUGAA